AUGUCUGGAGGAAAAUUCAACCUUAAGGGCAAAGGAGACAAUGCUCGCUUCCGCAUUCUGAAAGCGGCUCAAAAACGAUUUGCACAAAAAGGAUUUGCUGGAACAUCUAUGUCCAGUAUUGCUUUAAAAGCAGAAGUUUCCCAUGGUCUCUUGUUCCAUCAUUUUAAAAACAAAAAAAACCUGUGGAAUGAGGAUUUGUCAACGGCACAAGUUGAAUCUUUAACAUCUGCCGUUACAGACGUCAUUACCAAGCACAAAGGUUCUGUUGGAAAAACAGAAUAUUGUGGCCUUCGUCCCCUUGCUUACCCUAUUCGUAAAAACCGUAAAGGCCAUUAUGUCCUUUUAAACGUUACAGGUGACAAAAAGGUUCUUGAAGAAAUUGAUCACUUCCUUCGUCUUAACGAAGAUAUUUUGCGUCACGUUACUUUGUCUGUUGAAAAGCAUGAUGAAGAACCUUCUGCUCUCUAUCAACAGUCCCGUUCUUUUCGUGAAUCAAGCAGUUGGGAUGUAAAACUCCCUCACGCGUCCAGAUCUUAA